CCUUGUGGCACCGAGUGAGCCUAUGUCCUUCACUCUGGCAUAGUUUGGUUAUGUUCAGCUGGGAACUAAAGGUGUUUCUGGAAUAUCGCUUGAAGGGAUUGAAAGGUUCUCCGGAUCAAGCCGGUUCAUAUGAGAAUGAUUUUAUCAACGCACUUUUCCAAUCUGACAGAAGGAUAAAGGAGAACCUCAAGAAGUUGAGAAGUGUGUUUCCGAAGCUGGAGUCUCUGACUCUAAGAAGUUGGAAACUUGGAUACAUGCACUUCAGGAUUAUUGCGCAGCUGAACUUAAAGGAGCUAAAGUUGGAUUGUUGUAGGAGUUUGAUCCGAAGCAAGUGGCUUAGCUACGCUUUGAAUGGAUUGCAGGGAAGCCUAGAAAAUCUUUCAGUCUCUGACAUCAGUAUGUGGGGCUCAUUUUCGCAGAUAAUUACAUCUCUGGCGACUUGCUCAAAUCUUACUGUCUUGGACUUUAACAUAGGCGACGUGAAAUACAGGCGUAAACUGGACAACUUCGAAGUGGAUAUAGAGAAGCUUCAGUACGGCUGCCCGAAACUCAAAGAUCUUACGUUGGUUGGAACAAGGGACUACGUAUUGAGUCUGACAAAAAUUAGUCCGGAUCAGGAGGCGGCAUCUCCAGGAUUCCCGAACCUGGAGAGACUCGUUGUGCUUCAAAGUUGUGAGGAUUUCGAAGUUGGUUUUGAUGAUACAAACAUUAAUGACGACUUAAUCAGGAGGAUUCUGAAGACAAGUUCCAAACUCAGAGAGCUGAAGCUGUGCAAUUGCAGCGUUAGUUACGAAGGUUUUUCUCAAAUCGCCGCAAACGAUGUCGCACUUCUGAACAUUUUGACAUGCGACACACCCGAUGUUAACGACCUGAAGCAGAUUCUGACGAAGUGGGUGCACAGCUUGGAAAAAGUUGAUUUGUGCAUAGUAGCAGAUAUUAGCGAUGCAUUGGAAGUAUUGGCAAUGAUGAAGUCAGCCUCUCGCCUCAAGUACAUCAAACUGACCGACACGUAUAUUUCCCAGCAGACUAUGCGCAAUAUUCUGAGUAACUGUCCUCUCUUGGAAUACUUUGAUCUUAGCAUUCUUACAAAAGGAGACGAUUUUCUUUUCACAAGCGCAACAGAAAUUGAGCAAUUUCGACUGGAACUGAAUGCGCCACUUAAAUGCUGAACCUCUUUGAUUAUCUCCUUUACCGCAUCAAAGACACUAAUGCUAAAACCGCUAAAACAUAAACUGAAUUCAAAAGAGUAAGAUUUUGCAGCAGUAUUAAUAUGAAUUUUAUGACUUGAAAUUAGCAUUAUAUAUUGGAAUACAAUAAUUGGAUACAAUGUUUGAU